CGCAUUACUAUUCCUGAGAUAUUGGAAGAUGAAUGGUUUAGGAAAGAUUAUAAGCCACCUGUCUUUGAGGAAAAAGAUGAUACAAAUUUAGAUGAUGUUGAAGCAGUUUUUAAAGAUUCAGAAGAAUACCAUGUGACAGAGAGAAGAGAAGAACAGCCAGCACCUAUGAAUGCGUUUGAGUUGAUUUCUAUGUCAAAAGGGCUCAACCUUGGAAAUUUGUUUGAUGUGGAACAGGGAUUUAAGAGGGAAACUAGAUUCACAUCCAAAUGCCCCGCUAAUGAGAUAAUCAACAAAAUUGAAGAAGCUGCAAAACCGCUUGGUUUUGAUGUUCACAAGAAAAACUAUAAGGUUUUUCAAGUGGCACCUUCUCUUCAUAUGGUUGAGGUGCGAAAGCAAAAGGAGACACUUUGGAAUUUCAUAAGGUAUGCUAUUCUGCUGACCUUUAAUGCCAGUCAGGUUGAUGAUAGAUUGUCAUAUCAAAAGCUGGCCAGAUAA